CACCGAUGAUAAGUCCAAGGCAGAGAAGCUUUACAUGAGAAACAAAUAUUUAAAAAAGAACAAAAUGCUAACUGACACUACUCAAAGUCAAAUGGUAGUCCUUAUCAAGUUGUCCACCAUUUUCUUCUUUGAACUUUCAUCCCAAGGUAGCUGCAACCACUGAUCAUGGACUGGUUCAUUUUCCUAUUCAUCUUCUUCUUCCUCUUAAUUUCCAUCCAUGGACUCCUUCACCUGCGUAAUCACUUAAUUAACCCAAGCAGCAAAAAAUUCCCACCAGGCCCAACAGGUCUCCCCAUCCUGGGCAACCUCGUCCAACUUGGUGACAGACCCCACGAGUCCCUAACCCAACUAGCCACCAUCCACGGCCCUCUCAUGACCGUCCGUCUAGGCUUUGUCACCACCAUCGUCGCCUCUUCCGUGAACACUGUGAAAGAAAUCCUACAAACCCAUGAUCAAGCCUUCAUGGGUCGAUCUAUACCCGAUGCAGCAACUGCAGAAACCGGCCAUGAAUUCUCCAUCACUUGGCUUUCUGGUGGACCUCGUUGGAGGAAUCUCAGAAAGCUUUGUAAUACUCAGAUCUUCACCACACAGAGACUCGAUUCGAAUUCGAUGCACACGUUGAGGCUGCAGAUAAUGGAAGAUAUGGUUAAGAGUGUGGUGGAGGAGAUCGAAGGAGGAGGAGGAGGAGGAGGAGGAGAGGCUUCAGUCAACGUUGGGAGGAUAGUUUUUGGUACAAGCUUGAAUUUGUUGUCUAACACUUUCUUCUCUUUUGAUAUGAUUGAUGAUCAGAAAUCAAAGAGCGUGGAUGAGAUUAAGGAGAUUAUAUGGAGGAUUAUGGAUCUUGCAGGAAAACCCAAUGUUGCAGACUAUUUUCCUAUGCUUAGGCCAUUUGACCCACAAGGUAUAAGGAGGGAAAUUAAGGUUUGUUACGAUAGGCUCCAUUCUUUGCUUGAGGAUGUCAUCCAUGGUCGACUGCGACAUAGAGCUUCUGGGUCAGUCAGCUCGGGUGAUUUCCUCGAUGUUCUUCUUGAUUAUAGCCAUGAACAUGGCGAUGACUUCAGUCUCUCGGACAUCAAGCUUUUGCUCUCGGCUCUGUUCAUUGGAGGAACAGAUACAACAACGACAACGUUGGAGUGGGCAAUGGCAGAGCUGCUUCACAACCCGACCGCACUAUCAGUAGCAGAACGCGAGCUCUCUGAAACAAUCGGUGGAGGCCGAAGCAUCAAAGAAUCAGACCUCCGUAGCCUCCCAUAUAUGAAAGCAGCACUAAAAGAGUCCAUGCGCCUACAUCCUACAGUGCCAUUUCUCUUACCCCACCGAGCAUUGAUGGACGUAGAUCUCUACGACUUCCACAUACCAAAGCACACGCAAUUGCUCAUAAAUGCAUAUGCCAUUGCAAGAGACCCUGCGUAUUGGGUCAACCCGAACCGUUUCUUACCCGAGAGGUUCUUAGGAUCCGAAAUAGAUUUUAGAGGGAAUGACUUGUGUUUCAUUCCCUUUGGAGCGGGGCGGCGGAUGUGCCCAGGACUACCACUUGCAGAGAGGAUGAUGGAGAUGAUGUUAGCCACGCUCCUUAAUCGUUUCCACUGGAAGCUUCCUAGAGGGAUGACACCAGAGGAGAUGGACAUGAAGGAUAGGUUGGGAAUUUCGCUCCAUAAGGCCACACCAUUGAUUGCAGUCCCAGUUGUCAAUGUCGAUGGUGAACGAGAUAAGAAUUAGUUGGAUAAUGGAUAGGAGCAUCCCUAUUUUUGCCAUGUAUUGCAUUUUUCUUCUUCUCCUUUUUUUUUUUUUUUUUUUUGGCCAAUCAGAUCACAUGUUGGAGCAUCUUCAGCAAUCAGUUCACAUAAGGAUUGGAGCAGCAUGGUCAUUUCGUGUCUGCUACGUCUAGGGUUUCUUGUACUAGAUUGGCAGGGUGGUUUCUCCCAAAAAAAUGAAAAACAUCUUGACUUUUUGCCACA